AUGCAGUGUCAUUCAUCUGACCGCCGUAGCUAUGCUACCUUGUUCGAGGCUCGCUUCCAGCAGCUUGAUACCUUGUGUCAGAGGCUUGAAGCUGUCACGGCUCAACUCACCCGCGUCAUUGAGAAGCUGCCCAGCGACGUCCAACCUUCACCACAUCGAGGAUCCGCCGCCACGGAGCUGGAGCAGGUCUCUCAACAUCUGCAGUCGCUCCUCGAUCCGCUCGACUCGGGAGCAGCAUCGGGCGCGUCUCAUACUGAGUUUGCGCCAUCCGAACCGGAACGUGACACCGAUUACCGCAGUGCAUCCCAUCACCCGAGUCCCGACCCGGAGAUCGAGGUCGACCUUUCUGAUGAGUCUGUCGACUUGGCUCUCCAGCAUAACCCAGCCCUUGAGAGCUUUGGGUCGCUGGUUCCUGACUCGUACGGGAAGCUAAGGUUCAUUGGUGGUGCCAGCAACCAGCUCCUCGUCAAGUCUAUCCAGAGCCUAGCCACUGAUAACCCUCAAAAAGACCCAGAACCCGACAAUUUUAUCCCAAAUAUGCGACACGGACCAGAUCAGAGGGAUAGUAAUCCUUCAGUUGAGGUUCCUCUGUUCAUCCAAGGCCUCAAAUGGCGCGAGUUACCCUACCUGCCAAAGCCCGAUGAUCUGAACCUGCCCCCGCGAUACAUUGCCGACAUGCUCAUUGGGCUCUACUUUGACCAGUUGCACUAUACAUUCCCAGUCUUGUUUAAGCCUCACUUCAUGGAUCGCUACACCCGCCUAUACGUUACCCAAAAGCAGACACCUAGAGACCGGGAAUUUCUCUCCGUCUUCUUCGCAGUCUGUGCAUGUGCGUCAGGCCUCAUCGCUUCCGGUGGAAACCAGUCGGCCUUCCCCGGCUUGGAGUUUUACGAGAAGGCUUUGCUGCUGCACUUCUCAACCAUCGGCCAGGCAAGCGUGGAACGGACGCAGUGCCUGGCACUCGUGUCUAUGUGCUGCUCUGGGUGGAAUACACUGUCAUCGAGUUGGCACUUUGCUGGGCAAGCCGUUAGGGCAGCCCAAGAUCUCGGGAUGCAUCUCAGCAACCUCACGGCGCCGUCUCAAGACUCGACAAGGGAUCCAGGGGCAUCUCUGCUGGAAGCCGAGCUGUCUCGACGAGUUUGGUGGAGCGUAUACUGCCUCGACAGAGUCACGUCCGUCUGCCUUGGAAGACCAAUGGCUGCUAACGAUGGAGAUUGCUCCUGUGCCUUACCUCGAUCUAUCUCAGACGAGGAACUUGAGGCAGCAUGCGCUCGUCCAGACGGUCUCGAUGAGCAGCCCGCGUCGUCGAAAUCGCCGUUGUCGGGCUUCCUGGCAUUUACUCAGCUGUGUCAGAUAUCCAGUAGGAUUCAGAAUCUCCAGGCGCCUGCCAGAAUAGCAAGCCUCGGCUCGCCACAAGGUAGAAGACGGAUGGCGAAGUUGGCCAAGGACAUUGAGAAAUCUCUGGACGAAUGGCUCGAUGGCUUACCGGAUGAGAUUCGUUUUUCUGCCAACACCUUAGAUCGGGGACCAACCUUGACAAUGUCCAUUCUUGUUUUCGUCAUACAUGCAGGGUCUCUCCUCAAUCUCUACAGAACCUUCUCCAACGAUAAGCAGACAUUUAGUCAACUAGACCCCGUGAAGAACUGCAUUAGUGCCGCUCGUAGCUGUGUCAACGCUGCCGAGUUAGUCCGGGACUUUGUUCCGCCAUCACACUACUUGGCAUUGUCCGUACACUGCCUAACAAUAUCUGGUUUGGCCCUGCUAUGGAUGCAAGAUCCACCCCCUGAAAAGCCCGACCCAGAUGUGGAGAAGUGUGUUCGAUUCUUACAUGACUUGGAAGGGGCAUGUUCAGGGGCAUCCAAGGGGAGGGCAAUCAUUGAACAAACACUGGGGAAUAUGACAAGAAACCGUCAAGGUUCUUCAUUAGACCUAGAUCUUCAGUUUUCGGCCAUGCUUCACAGCCAGAUGCCCGACUUGUUCAGCCUGGAGUCAUCUGUGACGGGGUGCGCAAACUUCUGGGGCACAUUGUGA